UAUUGCAUUUCUCAAUUAAUAUUUUUAUUCUUUGAUAACGUUAUUAUUUAUCAUGGUUAUAAUUCUAAUCAGUUUUUUGUAGUAAUUUAGUGAAUAAUAUUUACAAUUAGUGAGUUGUUAAUCAAUCAGUGUUUUUAUAUCCUAUUAUAUUGGCGAUUGCCAGGGUUACAUAUGUAGGUAGUUUAUAGAUAAUUAGGUAUUUUAAUUACAGCCGCUGUGUUUUACUGAUAUUGUUUCUUCGUAGAUAUGAAUAUCAAUAAAUAUGUUUUACAAACUCCACCAAGUUACUCCUGGUCAAAAAUAACAACUGAUAUGUUUUUAAAGUAAUGACAUUCACAUUUGAGUACUAGAAUAUACAACGAAAUGGCUCAACAAAACACUGAAGUUUCAUUGGAAAUUACCUGUGAAUUGGAACAAUCUGAAGAACUUGGUAUUAAACAAGAGUUAGAAAGAGAGGAGACAAAUAUAAUUGUACACAUUAAAAGUGAAGUUGAAGAAGAAACAGAAGAUGUUAACAAUCCAUUUGAAAACAUCCAAUUGGAAGUCAAGGAAGAAAUAAUUUCUCCAAAUUAUGAGAAAGAUAUGUCAACAAAUCCGUUGCAUAGUAAUAUAAUGGUGAAUUUACCAGUACUAUCUGAAGAUUUGGAAGGGUAUGAGGAUAUUGCGAAAAAUGAAAGAGAAGAAAAAGAGGAAACAGACAUAGAUAAUGAUAUGGAAGUGAAGGAAGAGGCUGGUGACAGUGGUGAUAUUGAUGAAUCUGUUGUAACAUAUGAUUACCCAUGUUUUGAUGAUGUCACCAGUAUGGACAGCAAUGAUGUAGCUGUUUUGGGUAAUGUAGAAACAUGUCUACAAGAGGAAAUUAAUAUAAAAUCUGAAACAGAUGGAACUCUUGAAGAUCACGAAAAAGAAAUAUUGGGAAAACUUAAUGUAAAAGAAGAAUCAGAGUUAACAGUUACAGAAACACAUUUGAUAUCUAACAAAUUAAUCAAUACUACAUCAACUAUAACAAAUCCGCAGGACGGAUUAAUUCAAUCACAAACUACCAAAACAUUAGUUAUGGAAAUUCUUCCAAUGUCUCAUGGUUCUGUUGCUUUAUCGAAAAUAGGUAACCCUGAAGAAAUAUUGCCUACAACAUAUGAUUCAAAUGAAUACAAUGACAUGUUUCAAUUAAAUUCCAUUACAGGGAAUGUACUGUCAUUAGAACAAGAGGCAUAUGAUCUAUUAAAAACAAAUACUAAACAGGGAAAUCUAAAAUUUUUUGCCUGUCCAAAAUGUCCUAAAACUGUGACAUCAUAUUACGCAUUGAAGAGACAUCUAAAUAUACAUGUAACUAUUGAAAAUAGAGCAUUGGGAAUUCUAAAAGGCCAAAAAACGAGGCAAGAAAAUUUUGAAAGGAAAUUGAAUGAAAGUUUGAUGAAGAGACUUAAUAUGAAGCAAGAAAAUCGUAAAAAGAAUAAAUCUAAAAUAAAUAAAGAGCGUCGAAAAAUAGUUAAAGUGGAAACUAAAUCAAGUCAAUCAAAAACAAAGUCAAAAAACCAAAGUAAUAAAACGGAAAGUAAAGCAGAAGAUAAAACUGAAAAAGUGACUCAAGUUGAUGUAAAAGUGAAGGAAUUAAAGAAAGAAGGAUAUGAAUGCACUUGUGGAAAGAUUUUCCGACGACGAAGUAGAAUGGAGACUUGUUUGCGGUCGCAUGAUCUAUAUCUAGAAACAAACACUCAUUUUCCAUGUUUGACUUGUAGGAAACAAUUUAGAGACAAAGAUGAAUUGGCGCUACAUAGAAAACGAUUACAUCGAAAGAAAUUCCCUUGCAAAUUCUGUCCAACAGAUUACAACACUAGAAAAGAGCUCUUUAAACAUUUGCAGGCACACCAAAAAGUUCAGCUUAUGGAAUAUAAAGUGAUAUCUGAAAUUGUGAAGGGGAAACAGAAGUUACGAUGUUUUAUGUGUGCAAAGACUUAUGCAGAACUGUCAGAGCUGAAAUCACACGUGAUGGAAGAUCAUAAAGAGCCUUAUAUUUGUCCCCAUUGUAAUAGUACAUUUUCUAAAAUAAUUGACUUUGGUAAUCAUACAAAAACUUAUCACCCAGAGGUGGAAGGUCAAUCUGUUCUGGAUGUGCUUGAAGCAUUCUCCAAGCUGGUUAAGGCCUGGAAAUGUGAGGAAUGUGGCCUACAGUUUCACGAGGCAGAUAAACUAGCUCUGCAUCAGAUUGAAAAACAUAGUAGUGACUCAAAAGCAAUUUUCCCAGAGUCUCAGUUCCAAUGUACCGAUUGUCGCCGCGUGUUCAUAAGUCAGAAAGGUUUAACUUCUCAUAGAAGAAUACAUCACAGCACAGAGACAAAAGAAGAGUCAGAGGAUUUGGUAAAGGGUGUCAUGUGUGUAGAAUGUCGAAAAAUUUGUCAAGAUAUGGAUGCAUUGAAUUCCCAUAUGCGUUUGCAUUCACCCGAUAGGAAAUAUCCAUGCAAAUUUUGCGAUUUCCGUUUCGCAACCCCUGAGAAGAGGAAAGCGCACGCUGAGUUACAUACGGGAGAUAUGAAAUAUGUGUGCUUUAUCUGUGAAUACCAGUGUACUUCAGAAAAUCGGCUGAAACAACAUAAAUUGUCGGUAAAACAUUCAAAUAUGAAGGAAUUUCUACUUACAGGCAUACCUUUGAUUGAACAAACGCAAUCGACUUCAAAGGUUGAGAGUGUCAAAAAGAGAAAGAAAGAAAAAGAUAGUAGAAAAGAAGAUGAUAGUACAUCCAGUGAUGUAGAAGUACCGUGUGACAUUUGUGGUGAUAAUUUUAGUUCUGAAAAAGAAAUGUUAGAACAUAAACAGACGCACCCGUUCAUAGAAUUUCCCAAUGACGAUACGCCUACUAGAAUAUUUUUCAAAUGAACUCGCCUAUGUAUAGAUGGACCUCCUUAUUCAUAACUACAAACUAUUGAACUGUUUUUUCUCUUUCUCAAAGUUCAAAAAUGGCAUAUUAAAUUUUGUUUUAGGCCCAUAGCGAGCAAGUUUGCUUGUUUGCCACAAUUUUGGCAUUAAAAUAUGUCAGAGGAAGACAAAACUGUUCAAUAACAUAACAAGUUUGUUUUUGUGAAUUGGGAGUUAUUAUUGAAUUAAUAAAGACUGGUGACUUUGUGACUUACUAUAUACUAUUUUGUUUGCAGUUUGUUAAUUUUGUUUGUUAUUUAGUUCCACAUUACACAAACUUGUAAAACACCAAUAAACUAAGUUAAUAUACAAUGUUGUAAUUAGUGUAUAUAUUUUAAAAUAAUAUUAUAAAAACCUGUACUUACAAAAACUCCCAUCCCAAAAAGCAGACAAAAGUUACAGGUAAUAAAAUGUAGUUUAAAUAUAUUACAAGAAACAUUUUUUAUUGUAAAAUUAUACAAAUGGCAUAAUAAGUGAAUAAUGAGUAAUAUUUUCAAAUUAGCUGUUUGGUAAAUUUAUUUUAAUAAAUAUAUACCAACAUUGUUAACAUACAGAAAAAUUAAGAAAUUAAGAGAAACUUAUUUUUUCUUAUGUACCCGAGCCUGUAAGCCUUAAUUUUAUAAACACUUAAGUCUAAUAUUCGACUUAAGUGUCGUAGCAACUUCCAAAUUGUUGUACACUAUUAUACUUACGAAAUUUCUUUUAAUAUUCGUUUAUAUUUUUGAAAUAGUCUUUUCAAAAAU